CGACCAAGCAAAGUGGACAACGAAGAAGCCGUAUACCGGCUGCAGGGGGCGGCAGGGCGAUGGCCCGCUGAGGCAUUCGGCUUUUUUUUAACACUCUCUCGUCAAAAUUGCCCGCCCGAUGACCACCUGACAAGAAGAAGACACACAGCCGCGUCUCGUCACACGAGACGUCAAAAUUCUCGUCGCUCUUUUUUGGGGGGGCCACGGACCAACAGAAAACGCUCAGCUGCUGCAAGCCAUGGAAAGCACCGUCGGAGGCGCCACGCGCUUCAACCGCUGGCUCUCUCAAUCCAUCAAUCGGGACGAGGACCAAGACCCGUGGAACGAUUUCACGCAGCACCGGGCAAGCGACACGGGAGAAAUCAAGAUGGCGUUCGACAACGACUUCCACCUCACCGUCAUACCGAACUUCCUUCACGACUCGGAUGCUUACGUCGCUAAUCUCGAGAACAAGCUGGAACGCCUUCAACAAGUUAUGAGGAACCCAAGCCCAAAAGAAAUGGUUGCAGCCAUAGAACAAGCCAAAGCCUUGCGUAUGAAGAAUGCUGAAAUGAACCCUGAAAUGAAUGCCAAGUCACAGGAUGAGUCUGUGGAGGAUGAUGAUGGAGGACUCCUGGCAGUGUUGCCAACUUUGAUCUUUCCGAUAUCGAGAAGGUUCUUCCCAAGGCUGGCUUUGACAAGGGAGGAGGCCCACAACUUGCUCAAGUACGACCAGCUGCAAAUGCACUACCAAGAUGAAAUGAACAACGCUGGACCUGUGGAGGCUGAGGCUUACGAAAUCAAAGCCGACAUGGCCUCGGAUACCAGCUGGCAACAGCAGGAAAGAGACAGCAGCAUUGAACAGCCUCUUGUUGUGUUUGAGAGUCCAGAAGCUAAUGAACUUCAGAUCCCCAAGAACUGGAUCAACGAAAACAUUCAUGAGGAGAUUCAUCACAGCACCAUCAUCCUGCCUGAGGACCGGACAAAUGCACGUGUAACUACGAAUCGUUCAGCACUGUCCCUUUCAGCUAACACAAAUGCGAUACAAGAGGCAUCCACUAUCACAUCUUUUACACCAACCAGGCGAAGUGAAGAUGCCUUCUAUCACUUUGCCUACAUCAAGACUUCCAUGACUUCCACCCAAGACAGUGUGAAGGCGGAGACUCCAUCAGAACAUCGCGCCUGUGUAGGCCAAGCAGUGUAUGCUCGUUCAAACAGUAUUUCAAAGACGAUGUCACGCGACCAGAACCUGUUUACGUCGACCUGCAGCGCAGAGCUCCCGUACAAGCGACACUUUUCAUUUGUCCCGGAAUGUGGCACGUUGGUUGAAAGCAAGGUCUUGAGCAAGUCGUCUGAAAACGCCUCCGAGGUUGCUGCCAGGGACCAGGUUGUUUCGACAACAAAAUCUUCACCCUCACUCAAGGUACCGAAAAACACUGAGGGCAAUGACUUGUCGACAGCAGCACAUGAAGAGCAGCCAGAGGAGAUAGAUGAGAACAGCAGCUGCAGACAAAGCAGAGAUCUUGGACUGCAGGAAGCGGUAUACAGUGUCGGGAGCAAAGAAAGCAGUUCAGAGAGAAUGGCAUGUGAGGACAGCCCAGCGGGCAUGAACAGUGCUCAGAACAUGAUCCUCCCAGAAGUGACCAUGGCUUCUUCAUCAACAAAGGAAAGCGAUGACCAAGUGCAGUCUGUGCACGAAGAUGACGAGAGAGUUGAAGUUGCGAUGAGAUGCAGUGGCCAGGGACUGCAGCUGACUGUUCCAGAAGGCACAGUUGCUUCUUCCUCGACACACGAUAGCCUGGGUACAGGUAUUGAAGGGCCUUGGCUUUUUGAGAAGGAAUCGGACAUGUCUCUUGGCAGGGAAGACGUCCUUCAGCACAUGUCAUCAUUGGUGCGAGCCAGCAUUGAUGAAGAGGACGAACCACCAAGGAUUGAUGGAAAUCAAGCUAGUCAACUGUCCGCAGCAGUCUACACGCAACUGUCUUCGACGUGCGGCUGCAGCGACAGAACACAAACUAAAGCAAGCGACGGGACGUCCGGCAAUUUCACUGGCAACUACAGCGAUCCGCACAGCAACCUUUUCGACGAAGAGUCCUUGAUUAAGAGAGAAGAGGUCCAGGCACCAAUCAUCCGAAUGUACGGCGCUUUUCCCCGCGACAUCCACACUUCGUUACAGGGAAACCUGCUCUCGUGGGCUCACCCGCGUGGAGCUGAACCAGCCCACAAUCCUCGCGAAACAGUCAGCCCGAAGCUGGUUUCUCUGCCAGCGGUGAACUCAGACGAUGUGAAGAGAACGGGUGCCGUCACGCACCACGACAGCCUGCCGCUUGCCACAAAAGAGAACAAGCGCAGUGUGACAGCAAUGUCUCGGCACUGCGCCACAACCGUUGACCACCUGUACAGUGACCACAGUCGGGCAGGUUUCAAGGUGCCACUUUCCAAGGACAUGAAAUGCCGAGAGGUGUCUUCGACGAAAUCGCAACGCUCCAAACAGCGCAGCUCUGCAAGCAGUCUGGCAUCAGCGCCGAGUGCCACUGGGUCGCGGACUCAAGAGAGACCCACGCGAUUGUCUUCAAGUAAGCUUUCCACAUCGUCAGUGUUCAAAAACCGGCAGCGGUCUGUACACUGGUUUAAGACUAUUGAAGACGUCGACAGUGAUACUGUGGUCAAGGACUGUGACUACAUGGUCCCUAGUCAGGUGAAAAUGAAAGUGCCCGUGGAGAAUAAGGAGGUGACAGUGGCCCCAAAGGUGAAAAGCAAGGCACUGGAUGAACGAAGUGACUCUGAUCGGAACGACGACAGCACUGUCGAGGAAUGCUGCACGAAGUUCGCAACUCAUGUCCUGGAGGAGGAAGUGAUUGUGGCGGGCAAAGUCAACAGUUGCCUGGAAUUCUUUGAAACCUCUUGCAGCAAGGAGGGAGGCUCUUUGCUAGACCAAGAGGACAAAAUGGCUGCCGCUAAAUAUGAAGACAAUGGUGUCGCCUACAAGAGUACGGCGUCUGCCGAGUUGCUCAAAGGACACGAUGAACCGGCAAGAGGUCUGGUGAUUGCAGAGGACUCGACAGCUGCUGGAAAAGAUGAAGGAAGCACUACUGUCGAUACUGCAGAGCUGUCAGAAGGAGUUGAAGUUCAAAUCAAAAUGGCAACUGCUCUAAAAGCUCUACAUGAUUCAAUGACAGCAAUUGAAGGUGAACACAAGACGGCUGCACUGAACUCUGAUACAGAGUUGCCUGAAGUACUGAGUAUGACAGCAAGCUCCCUGAACGAUGAAGACGACUCGGUGGCUACUGUGGAAGGUGUUGGAAAGAAUGCCGAGGCUCCUAGUGUGUCAGAACUUCCGAAGUCACUCGAAGUGCCUCCAUGCCAAGCUUCUUUUGCAAGAAGUCGGGAACAGCUGGAAGCCAUUGUGAACUUGCAGAGGGAAUGUGCCACCGGCAAACUGCCAGAAUUCUCCGGGACAGCAGAAGGAACCAGAAGUAAGCCAAACAGUUGUGACAAAUCCACCGAGGUUUUCGAAAGCACAGGAAAGCAGAGUAUGGCAGCUCUGACUUCGGAACAAGAGCCAGUGGCUACUAAAUCGGCAAGUCAUGCUGUACCCACACACAGAACAUUUGCUGACGCACAGACACAGGCUACUCUUUCUCAUGACCAGGCUGAUCAGAGAGAUGACGACGUGCAGGCCGAGAACAACACAGCAACCGGCUGCGAUAAAUGUGCACCAAAGCCUUUGUCGGAACAAGUGACAAAGGGAGCCGAAGGUGUGGCUACACAGGAUGAUUCUGGUGCAUUGCUGAAAGAUGCGAGAGAGUCACGGUUGCACAAUAAUAACUUGGACAACAAGCAACCUGCUGCAUCGGAAAAGGACAAAAAGAAAACUGUGGAAGGAGAAGACAAGGAGAACGAGGAUUCACCUGCCAACAGGGACACCACCAUCUUGCAGUGCCACGAGCUUGCGGGUUCCAGUCACUUUUCUACAUUCUCGGCCUCCAACAAGGGCUCGCCGGCAGUACACAGGUCACUCAACAUGACGAGAACGCUGCGCAUCACAACAACCAACCAGUUCAAACCGCUCAACCUGCGGCGCUCCAUCACGGGCAUCCUCGGAAGUGACAGCAGCUUGAUAGGAAGGCCACUGUCAAUACAAAGCAGAGAAGUCGUGCUUCCGCGUGCUCCACAGCGCCCAGAAAAAAGUAAAAAACCAUCAGUUGGCCUCAAGGGCAUCGAAUGUGCCCCCAGCAGCUUGUCCGGGAAUUCCGGGUCCUGUAAAAAUGUCAAUUCAGUGCGUAACACAGAGUCGUCAGCUUCUGAACUUCCAGCACGAAGGAGCCAUUCCGUGGCCGAAGGUCACACAAGGGCGAAUCUAGGAAGCUCUGCUACAAGAUCUAAAGCACCACAAACUGUUGGUCCACAUUCGGGUACAGCUCCAAGGCACACUCCAGAUUUCAUCAAGUCCCAUGCAGACGAAACUCCCUCGGAGAGUAAAGAGAGCAAAGACGGCGCGAAAACGAAACACAAAGCCAAAGAUGAGAGGCGCUCACAAAGUCAGCUGCCUCUCAAGAAGCGCACAUGCUGCCGUGCAGAUCAGACUGCACAAAUACCAAAAGGUCAAAAAAUUCAAAAUGCCGAUGCAGAUGACGGAUCUCUGCCAGCAGAGCAUAAAGGAGAGGAGAAGAACGCAGUGGCGGUGAAAGCAAGCACAAAUAAUGCAGACAGCGAGGCCACCAAAGAAAGUGCUGCAGCGUGCCAGGACAUGCCUAAAGCUCGAGCGACCACGAAACCAGGCGCAGUUCAUGAAAGCGAGGACACAGACUUUGGGAAUCUCGAAUGCUUAUCGGAGAAUGCUCUGGAAGACAGAACCAUCUCCUUAGUUGCUGACUCUCGGUACAGCACCAUCUAUGGAGCUGAAAUCAACCCUGUUCCCCUGAUCACUGCCAUCCUGGGCGGCGACGUCAAUGUAGAGAGCGUGAAACUCUGUCAGUCUGUAGCCUCGACCUGUGACUGCAUCACUGCUCCCACAAUCUCCAAGGACAAUCCGCCACUGAACAAGAACAUGACCGUGUCCACCACAACUCCAGGGGAGACCGUGUCCACCACAGCUUCAGAGGAGACUGUGUCCGUCAUACAGGGACACAGUCCAGCGGCGACAUCCAAGCACCGCUGGAAGAAGGGUGGCGAGAGAGACGUUGCUGCUGAGGUCAACAGUUCAGGAACGAGUUCAACGUCUGUUCGAGCAGAAGUUGACACUGUUGAAGAAAACACUCCCUCCAUUCGAUCACACUGUGAUCUCAACAUGAACGAUGGUCAUGCUGACAAUUGUCAGUCGGGAGGCAGUUAUGGACUUUAAUAAAGCAGCAAGCCAUCCACCCGACGGACAGGUGAACAGCCUACAGGGUGCAGCUCUGUUAACUGUGCUCGAGUGAGAGGACUGAAUUCAGCAUCAACCGGAUUCCAUGGCAUCCUGCACUGCUAGAGCACAAAAAUAACAAAAGCAUCAUGCUAUACAGGUGGCCAAUCUUUAUAAUAAAGCAUUAAAAAUAUCA